AUCUGAGGUCCAUUCCGGCCGGUCUACAUCGUACCAAAAAAGAGUAAUAGACACCAGCUGAAGCAUCGCUUCCCAAUUAAAUAAAUGAUCAAUAGAUGAUUUCGUCAGAAAACAUCUUAACACGGAUGAAAUCACAGUACACAGUUUACUUUGUAGGGAUCUAAAAUCAACAAAACCUGUUCCACUCUUCCAAUUCGCACCCGCUUCUAGCAACCGCGGGCAACUUUCUGCUAUUAGUUUGCACAUCAGUGUCCAGACUGGUCAGUUUCCGUAUAGCGAAGAUCAAAGCCAGACAAGGAACAGACGUCAACUACCUUUGAUAGCGAUUCAAAUAAACGUGCAAUAGACGUAAUCUCCCGGUAGGAAUUUUCUUACAGAUCAAAGAUAGCGAGUUAUCGACUUUGCUAGAUUAGCCCAGAGCGUGUGUGUGAAGCUUUCCAAAACAUUAUAAUGCCAGCACGACAGCCACCGUACUGCUCAGUGUGCUUUCGGCGCCCAGCGCAAAGUCUUCGGCAUGGCUCUUCGACGUGUCACGUGUUUGGCGCUGCUUUGCGUACUAAUUGCCCCGUUCGCUACGCCACAUCCGCUCGGGCGUGCUGCACCAUCGGACCAACCGGCCGACCAGACGGGUGACAAUUUCGAGGGUGACAUACUGCUGUCGGACGAGCAGCAGAAAGAGAUGCGGAAGCGUACUGGCAUGUACCUUCCCACGUUUAUCUGGCCCGACCGAACCGUACCGUACGAAAUAGUGUCCACCGAUUUCACACUCGAACAGACGACCGCCAUCACGACGGCAAUGCGUACUAUCGAACAGCACACCUGCGUACGGUUCGUCCCAGCAACUGCCACGACUGCGGAUUAUGUGCGCAUUGCGGGUGGCAGCUCUGGCUGUUCAUCGUUUGUCGGACGUAUUCGCGGUGCGCAGGCACUGCGCCUACAACCGAGCAGCGUGGGGACGGGAUGCUUCACGCAAGGUACGAUUGUGCACGAGCUAAUUCACGCACUCGGCUUCUACCACAUGCAGAGCGCGACCGAACGCGACCUGUACGUGGACAUCCUCUGGCAGAACAUUGUACCGGGCCGCGAGGGUAACUUCCAGUCGUACGGUACGGAUCGCAUUAUCAAUUACGGUGUCGGGUAUGACUAUGGUAGCGUGAUGCACUACAAUACGCACGCGUUCAGUGCGAACGGGCUGCCGACGGUCGUACCGAAGGUGGCAAACGUGGCGAUCGGGCAGCGGGUCGCGAUGAGUUCGGGCGAUAUACAGCGGAUUAGAAAUAUGUACGGGUGCUGAGCACUGGCGGGAGUAUUCGCAAGGAUGUUUAUUCAUGCCUGAAGCCAUGUUGUUCGUAUAUUACGGGUAACAUUGCAAGAGGAGGUGCCAUUGUUUUAGGCACAAUCUGUCGAAAACAUAGGAAAAUAGCUAUGAUUAUAGUAAGGUGUAAUAAGAGUGAACUAGAAGAAUAUUGAAUAAAAUAUU